AUGGACGCGGGCUAUUCCUAUCCAGCGCCUGCUGGCUCCGAAGCCGAGUUCGCCCCAGGAACGGCCCCAGAUCAUCCAAACUCGGCGCCCUACCUCCUCCCGUACUUGAACGGAGGCCAAGAUGGGGAAGAAGAGGGCGGAGGCCAAUAUGGCGAGGCGGUCUCACACACGAGCGAUGAUGUAGUCCCUGUCUUCUCGGAAGACGAGUUUCGAGAGAUACUCGAGACUGAGUGGGGCUACGCCGCCUUCAACGGUCUUCUUCCCGAGCCUGCUGCUGGCUCGAGUGCGCUCCCAACUGCUGGCCCGGCCCCCAUGGCUGAGAUGGAUCUGCUCGGCCCCGACGUGCCUCUCGGCUCUAGCCAGCAUCCCGGCUUCAUGCCUGCCGUUGGUCCGCCUCCUGUUGUUUACCAGCCUUCUGCCUUCGGACCGGCCGCCGCCGCCCCAGAUAUACCUGGCUUUCUUGCUGCCGCUGCCCCCGGCAAUGCCGCUGGCCCUAUUGCUCCCCAAGCUCAUGCUACCUCCGUGCCUCCCGCUGGCAUCGUUGUUCAGCAGCCGCUGUACCCCCCCGGCUUCCGCAUCCAGGACAACCUCGUCCUGCGCCACGACUGGCCGCAGGGCCUUCUGCAGCCGUCGCCGAGACACUUCACGUACGAGCGAAGCGGGAACCCCAAGCCGGCGCAAGAUAACGCAGUUUGGUGCAAUAGCUGCGAAUACUGGCUGUGGGAACCCUGCUACGAACGCGCUCCGCUGAGCGCGCGGGACAGAGCUCGCUGCUGCAACCGCUGCCACUGGCGCAAGAAGAGUGCUCGCGGCAUGGGCUUGCACGAGUGGAUGCUUGCUGCUCAGCCGAGAAUGAUGCACCUCCUCAAGAAAGACGCGGGCUAUGUCGCCUAA